UCAAAUUGGCUCGUUGAAAUCUUGUACUUGGAAUUUUAAAAAAGUACCUAGUUGAUAUAUAAUGUCUAGAUGCAUACAUUAUUGACUCAGGAAAAUGGAAAACCGAAAUUUUCUUUUGACCCAAAAUUUGGGUGUAUUAGAAAUAUGUUUUUGAAAAGUGGGAGGCAUCUGUUAUAGUCUCUUUUUUUCGUGAAUUUGGGUGCGUUGAAAUAGGUUUCUUUAUGAUCAGAAUUUAGCAAACACGGGGUGUUAGUCUGCUAUUGGUCUUAUCUAUGAAUCCUUCUUGAUUGCCUGAAAUUUGACUUUAGUGUAUUACUCCUUUUUUUUUUUUUUUGGAUUAGAAAAUUCACAAUCAUCUUUAGGCAGAUUUCACAAUGCAGUGAUUCAUAUGGCUGCAAGUUUAUUAUCUGCUUUAGGGAAUUGCAAGAAGUGAGAAACUCGGGAUUUAGAUAGAGAAUAUAGAGAAGCAGCAGUUUUUUAUGUUUUGGGAUUUAGAUAGUAUUCUCUAAAAUAGUUAGGAUUGCAUUGGAUAUGAUUGGAGACCAAAUUUGUUUGCAUUCUUUUUGUAAAAUAUAAAGAAAAAGGGAGAAGAAAAGAGCCUCCAAAGAAGCUUGGAUUUGCCUGCUGCAGUUCUGUUCUCCUGUUUCUUGUCUGUUAAUUAUUAGUAGUUUUCCUUUAUCAAUGAUGGCAACAUGUUAUCACUUUCUAAAACUGUCUCUGAACGGAGAGUCCAAAUGCAAAAUGAACAAUAACUGGAAUUUUUUCAUUCUAUUGCAAACCCAAGAAUAUAAUAUCUGAAUUUGGUGAGUUAGGUUCUAACUGGAAAUUUCAAGCAUGGUAAGGAAGCUUUAUAAUGAAACUAUUUACAGUGUUAUGGGACUAUAUUUGGCCACAACGAUGUCUCCUGCAUCCAAAUCUAAGUCCAAGGAUAAAAAAGCUGGCAAGGAAUCUCAGAAGGCUUCUUCAAAGCCUUCAGGAUCUGCUAAUGUAGGUAGUGGUGUUCCAGCCAGUGCAUAUAAUCCACUUUUGGGAACAUUCCAUACCAUUGAAACAGUGCCAUUGUCCUCUGCUUCACCACUUCAUGACAAUGGUCGUUUCCGAAAUAUAGAUGAGACAGAUGAGCAUUUGGGGGGACCACUUGGAGCUGGGGUUGAGUAUGAUUCUGUAUCUAAUAAUGGUAGCUGGUCUGGUGAGUCAGAAGAUCAUAAAGACAAAACAUCUAAUCCUCCCAUCCGGCAGGAAAUAAUACCAGGAGCUGACAAUGAUAAGCGGGAAAAAAUUCGUCAAAAGAAUGAGAGGAAACAUCAGCGUCAGAAGGAGAGGCGAGCUCAGGAGUUGCAUGAGCGGUGCAGUGGCUAUCUCAUGUCGAGAAAGCUUGAAGCACUUGCUCAGCAGCUUGUAGCAAUGGGAUUUUCUCAUGAUCGGGCAACAAUGGCUCUUAUAUUGAAUGAAGGCAAACUGGAGAAAUCUGUGGCAUGGCUUUUUGAAGGAGGUGAAGAAGCAGUUAAGCAUAAGGAAUCAACUAUUGGUGGUGGGAACUUGAAAAUUGACAUAUCAGAAGAGCUUGCACGGUUUGCUGAUAUGGAAAUCAGAUACAAGUCUACAAAGCAGGAGGUUGAAAGAGCAGUUGUUGCUGCUGAAGGUGAUCUUGAGAAAGCAGCAGAAGCCUUAAGAACUUUAAAGCAGGACCCACCUGCUCCACCAAAGCAUGAAGAAACUUGUGAUCCCGUGACUACUAGUACCAAUAGGGUGUCGGUGGCAGGUAGUCAAUACCUAUCAUUUAAGACACAACCGAAAGCAAAUCUAUCUCCUGCAACACAGCAAAGAAGGGAUGAGAAGGAUUUUAACUAUACAAAAGCAGCAGUUGCAAUGGGAGGUUCUUCAGAAUCUGUGAGUAAAAGUUUCCGGCCUUUGAAGAGAAUACAGCCAAAGUUAGAUUGGGCAAAACCCCAACAAAGUGAGGUGCCAGCUGAGAAAAGGUGGCCAAGUUCUGGAUCAAAUCCUUCUGUUUCUUAUUCCAUGGCAUUGCCUUUGCAGGCCUCGCCUUCACCAGCAAAUACAGAAAGCCAUUAUGUGGCUGUUGGAAGUGAUUUUAAGAACCUUCAGCCAUCAAUUAGGGAACCGGUUAUAAUGAUGCAGCGACCUCAAUCUAUAAAUACGAAGCAUGUUCCCGCUACAAGUACAAGCACAUCUCCUCCUGGAACAACCUCCUUUAUGUAUCCAACCAGUAUUGUUGAAAUUACGAAGUCUAAUGGCUUUAUGCCCCAUAUUCCGAGUGCUAGAAGCCUUAGUUCCAACAAUAUGAGUUCAAAUCAGAUGCAUCACCAUCAUUAUUAUGCACAAGGACAACAACAGCAACACUUAACAUCCGGCAGUGGUCCAGGAGAUUCUCCAGGAACAAGCCGAGGAAAUGGUUUAUGGAGUAGAACAGGCACAUCAACGCUGGCGGCUGCAUCUUCACUUGGACUAUUCACCGGUUUGGGUUCUACCACUUCAUCAGGAGCCUCAUCUCCAGUUGACUGGAGCAGUGGUAGCUCAAUGGCACAGUUGGACUAUGCCAAUAUUGAUUGGAGCUUGGAUCGGGGGUUGUAUUCUUCUCCAAUGCCUGGUGGAAUUUGGAUGGGACCGGAAUCAUCUGUGAAGAGCGCUCACAUGUCUUAUCCUAAUAGAAAUGGUUUAAGUGUUAAACCAGCAAUGAGAUUGACACCUACUAAUGGAAACGGUGUACCCAUUGUUGGGUUUCAAGACGGCGGAGUGGCUUCUGCCGAAGCUCCAACUGCAGGCUCGCGUGAAUGGACUUCACCAUUUGAAGGGAAAGAUCUAUUUAGCUUACCCGGGCAGUUUGUUUCUUCUCCCUCACUCUAGGGUGGGGAAAAGAUUUUAUGAAAUAAAAUGAAAGAAAAAAAGACAAAAUGUGCUUGAAUUUGCUGUUA